AUGGCACCAGUGUUAAUCUCAGCGGCGGUUGAAAUCGCAGCAUCGCCAGAUGUAGUACGUGUUAAGGUCUGUCCUUUCACAUCUAGUACUGUAAACAGCCACCAGAUAUACACCAAACUAACAGAAUUCUCUUUAUAGUUCCUUGACUUUUCUACAAUCCAUCUUUAUCAUCAUCCACCGGGCCUCAUGAAAUCCCUCACACCACUUGGCGGGGCCCAAGGGAAGACUGGCAUGGAGCUGCAAGAAGGCGACUGGGUGAAAAUCGUUGCAGGGAAUAAUGUCGUAACGCCUAUGAUCCUAGUAAGUAUUAUUUUGUGCAUACCUCAGCUUUACUAACCUAGUAUCACACCCGACGAUCACUAACUCAGGCUCAUACCUUCUCUUAAGAAUACUGAUAUAAUAUGUUAAUUACUAAUGUUGCUAAUGAACAUAGGCUAAUGACGAGACAAAGUUCGUAUGGCGAAAAUUCCUUACCAUUCGCCAGGUUCAGUCUUAUAGAUGGCACUCACACCUUCCAUUUUACCCCCGCCGCUUCCUCUAUACUCAAGUCACCAAGGACCUAUUUUGUGCAGGAAGAAACAGUAGUCGGCUUAUUUGCUUGGGUAUGUCGCUUCGCCGUUGUGCAGAAUAUGAUGCGGAAGGAGUUUGAGGUGUUGAAUCCGAACUUGAAGCUUUGGGUAGAGAGUAGAACUACCGGUAGUACGCAGGGCUUAACAAGUUCCUAA